GCUAGACAAGGGUCACCCCAUCUACUGGCCAGGGGGUGAUCCUCCACUCGACCGUACCGUAAAGCUCAUAGAGAAGACCAGCGUUAACAUCAGUAUCUACGCCAUCCUCGUCACCAUCGCCUCCUCUGGGAUCGUCAUGGCUUCCAUCUUCCUCGCCAUCAACAUUAGAUACAGGAACCAGAGAUAUAUCAAGAUGUCAUCUCCCUACCUCAACAACAUGAUCAUAGUGGGCUGCAUCUUGACCUACACCUCCGUCAUCUUGUUGGGUUUGGACUCUGAGCUGACGAGCGAGACGAGCUUCCCUUACAUCUGUACAGCGAGGGCCUGGGUGCUGAUGGCUGGCUUUACUCUUGCGUUUGGCUCAAUGUUCUCCAAGACCUGGCGGGUGCACUCUAUCUUCACAGACGUCCAGCUCAAUAAGAAAGUAAUCAAGGACUCACAGCUCUUCCUGGUGGUGUUCGUGUUGCUGUGUGUUGACGUGGCCAUCAUGACCACCUGGCAGAUAGUUGACCCCUUCUACCGGGAGACCAAGAAACUGACGCCCUAUAUGAGAGGAGACAUCUUGGUCAUCCCUGAGAACGAGUACUGCAAGAGUCAGAAAAUCUCGGUGUUCGUCGGCUGUAUAUACGCCUACAAGGGCCUCCUGAUGGUGUUCGGUUGUUUCCUGGCGUGGGAGACUCGAUUAGUAAGCAUCCCUGCACUCAAUGACUCCAAGUACAUCGGCAUGAGCGUGUACAAUGUGGUGAUCAUGUGCAUUAUCGGCGUCCCUAUCUCCUAUAUCCUGAGUGAUGAACAGGACGCCUCGUACCUCAUUAUCUCAGUGUUCAUCAUCUUCUGCACCACCGGUACUCUCUGUCUCGUCUUCGUCCCUAAAAUGCUGGAGCUACGACGUAACCCACAGGGAACCAUCGAUAAACGUAUCGUACGGUCAACUCUUAAGCCUCCCAAGAAUCCCGACAGUGACUCAGAAAUGUCUGACCUUCACGACCAGAUCAAGAAAGCGGAGAGCGAUAGGCAGGUCUUCAUGAGGAGGCUAAGAGAACGAGAACAAGAGCUACAGCUGUUGAUAGACCAACUGGGGGAGGAGGCGAUGGUGGAGAUGGAAGGUCAUGACCACAACAGAAGCACUCGGCGGCCCUCCAAGCCCAGGUCCAUAGAGAGGCUGAGGAUAGAAGGCCCCCGCCUCUCUCACACAGGUCCUUCGGUGACUGAGACGACGGAGGCGACCGAGCUGACCUCCCUGUGUUCGGGGACGUCACAGGAGGCCGAGUACGUACCUGGCCGUAGUGGUGUGUCGCCCGUGCCUUCCUCCCUCUCCACCACCACCACCUCCACCACCACCACUCACCAUCUCCAACAACACCACCACCACCACCUCCACCACUACCAUCACCACCAGCACCACCUGCCUGCUACAGGGGUGGUGUCCGCCUGUCUCUCAUUAGACCGAGCUGCAUCCCGACGCGGGGUGACCUUUGCCUCGCCCCUACAAACUCCUCGUGACGUCAGCAAGAGUGUGUCCUUCAGGCUGGAGGGAGGAGGUGGAGGGGGGUGUCCUGCCACGGUGGAAGCGAUCCCUCUCCUCCACAUGAACGCUCCACAACAGAUGCCAGGACCUCCACCUGUGUCACAGCCCAUGGUGCCACCUGCUGGCCUGCCUGGCAACCCUUACCAGGAGCCCAUGUUGGAGCGUGAGGGCGCGGCGUACGGUGGGUACGGCGGGGUCUACGUCCACGACUACGGCGGCGCCAUGAUGCAGAAGGAACAGAACAUUCUGCAGCAACGGCGAGCGAGUAGGACCAGCCUGCAGGGCCUCAGGAGGUACAGCCGCGACGAGGUGGACCUUGGACCCCCGUUGGAGGACGCGCCCCCGCCCCCUAUCAUGCAGGAGUACGGCGGGGGGCCCCUGGGGGAGCCUCCGAUGGGAAUGGGGGUAACAAAGCCCCCAGUGUCACACGUGGACAUUUGCCCGUACAGGAGGACGAGUCUCCGCCAGACGAACAGCGCCCCCAAGUACAGUCAAGUGCCUCGUAACCUGUACAGUCCGCUGAACAAUGAGGACAGCGGGGAGAAGCUGCCGCUGAUGGUUGGCAAAAAGAACAGCGACAUCAAGAUCAUCAACAACAAGGCCAACAACAACUACCAGACGCUCGCUGAGAAGAACAGUAACGCUCUGGCUAACCUGGCGGCGGGUUAUAACAUAUCAGGAGAUGGACCCGUCGGGUACAGAGGCACACAGCACCAGCUGCCGCCGCAGUACAGACCGCAGGCGGACCAGCAGGUGACGCGGAGCAUUGCGGUGCUGAGGAGGGGCAGCGAGCCCCCGAGACCCCCCGGGCGAGGUGCCAUGCACACCCGCAACAGAUCUUGUGACGACCUGGCUUGUUCCUGCUGUGAGGUGCCGCUCCCUCACGACCUGCUCGUCGACCACACCUCCCACAGCACCUCUGACGCCGCCACGGACAGUGACAUUGACCCGCGGGAGAUGAGUGGUAGUGGACGGACGCGGUGGGAGACUGUUGACGAGCGGGACGGGACGCGCACCAUCUCCCGCGCACACCUCCGACGCGACAGUUUCGGCGAGGUUGUGUCGCGUCGGUCACCCAGUCAGGACAGCCUAGAGCAGAUGAGGGCGAGGUCUCCGACGAUCAUGCUGGAUGACCCAACGCCCCUCGCCACGCCCACGCCCCCGCCUCAGAUCACACACGAGAUCCUGGGACGACACUCCCCCAGCCAGGACAGCUUCGGUUACGGCGUCUCCAGGAGGUCGGACAGCCAGGACAGUCUUGAUCGACAGGUGUCGUCCAGGGACCGAGUAGCGAGUCAGGAGAGUUUGGGAACUAUGAGUAGCCGAGGGUCAGUGUCUGGCAGCAUCUACAGUGUAACGUCUGCCAGAAGUGACGCCGCUGUCUCCCGGUGUUCCAGCAAGGAGACGGUGAGGAACCACGCUCCCCUGACGCAGCAGACUCUCCCCCACGCCCGCGGACACAGCCACGCCCACGCUGGCUUCAUGAACGGUGAGCUGAGUGAGUCUGCUGCCUCCUCUGAUGAUCUUAACCUUGUCCAGAGCCUCGAGGUGUACAGAGAGCCCACCAGCCUCCACCGGACCAUCAGUGAGCCCUACUACAACUUCGAUGACGACGAUGACUCCCCGGGCCAGCAGCGGCACCUGCUGAGACUACAGCAGCAGGCACAGCAGCAGGAACAGCUGAUCCAGCAGCAGCAGCAACAGCUGAGAGGUAACAGAGCGCGAUUACCCCCCGUUAGGACACCAUCGUACGACAACGCCUACGACACGUCGUCCCUGGGAGGGUUCAGCACGCACUCACUAAGAGGAAGGUCCUCACACAACCGCCACGCCACCACCACCUCCGUGGCCGCCGCCAUCGCCGCCGCCAGGAAGAACGCGUCAGACAAUGCCCUCGACCACGACACCUCCAUCUUGCCCAUCUUCCAGAAGCUGUUGAGCGAGAGGCACCGAGGCUACCAUGGCAACGCCCGAGACUUUACCAUGAGCUCAUGCCCGAACAUUACCAUCAAGUGUGAUAUUGUGGAGUACCUAUGAUCCGGCACACCUCACCACCACCACCACCACCACCACCACCACCACCACCACCACCACUAUUACUAACACUACUACCA